CCUCGUUGGGCAACGGUUCCAGCUGCCUCACGAUCUUUUUCGCACGUUUUUUGUCGUAUGUAAUCUGUCUCGCAUCAUUUCCUGUUGUCACAUCCCAAUGAUCCCAACAGAUGCUUCUUAGUCUAUUUGAAUUUGAAAAACAUAUUGUCUAUCCAGCAGUGCUCCAGGAUGAACCGGACGAAAAUUGAAUAUUAAUUCUGAAUCUAAUUUUCGCAUUAUCCACAGUACUUAAUCACUAUCUUUUAUAUUCAGAAUAUUUUUUCACCCAAAUCAACCGCGCAACUGGAAUCGCUUGUUAAGUACACAAAUAUACGAAGCGUUUAAUAACAAGUCUACACGCGACGUAAUUUACUGAUAUUUCAAUAUUAUUCCAGCAUAACAUCGAAUAAUUUUCCAAAUUUAAUCACUAGUAGAUAUUCGAUCUUCAUAGAAAUCUCAACAAAUCAUAUAAUACAUUGCAAUUUGCAUAUGUCAAAAUGAAAAUGGUACAAAAGUAGGCCGGUUUCCAUUCUCCCACUCUGAUUUCGAUCCAAGCAGUCUACUUGGUAGGUGCACACAACAAUACUUGUCACUGCUGUUUGAAAUUGCAAGAGAGAAGCAAGAAGAAAUUUCACUCAGCACCAAGAUGGACCGAACGAGCGUUACAUCCCGAAUUCCGACCGGCUUGAGGGUUCCGAGAGGCUAUCGGGCCACCCAAGCAAUUGGAGGUAAAGCGGAAUCGGGAGGGAAAGUUCGUUUUCCAAGCAAGACUAUUCCAACCGCGAACGAGAUAGAUCCUGAAGAGAGCUUGAUUGAGGACGAAAAUUUUCCGCCGUUGUUCUAUGAAGACAUAGAGGAUACUGGAGACGACCCGUACGACUGGGAGCCGAUAAACAUUUCCGAGAUCGACGAGGUAUAUUUUCGGAAGCUGAAGGCUGAAUGGGAGCUUCAAAAAAUGAGAGUGGAAAACUCCAGAUUGCAGCAGGAGAAUCAACGGCUAAAAACAGCAGCAAAAGGGGUAAGACUAUUUAAGUAUUGUUGUUUGAAAAUGCUGCUGGUUGUUGCAGGAGAAGUGGCGCAGUCGCUCUUUGUUUAAAUUUUCUAUCAUAAACAUAAUUGGGAGUGUUUUUGUGUGUUAUCUUCAAUUUUUGUUAUUAUUUCAAGUUGUGUUUUGUUUGAUAUAUUUUGAUGUUUAAUUUUUUCCUUUAGU